AGCAGGGCUUGAGCAAUGAAUUGUUUAGCUUGUCAUUGAAAUCACAAUGUAAAUUAAAUUAUGUGAAAAAUCAGAUACAAAAUUCAAUAACAAAAUUUGUAGUUAAAUUUGAUUUGAAAUUAAUUAACUUCUGGCUCAAGGGUGAUCGAAAUUCAAUAGCGGCAUAUGUCGAGGAUUGGCUUGGAUCAGCACUGGCUGAGUAGUUCCUCCAGCACCAGAUGGGCAACAAGGGCGAGAUAAUACAGAUACACAUCGGCCAGGCGGGCGUGCAGAUCGCAAAUGCAUGCUGGGAACUCUACUGCCUGGAGCAUGGCAUCCUCUCGAACGGCCGACUGAUGAGCAAACCCUGCGACGAGUCCUUCCUCACCUUCUUCGAGUUCAGCGGCAUGGAGCCCUGUGUGCAGCCCCGUCUGGUCAUGAUUGACACGGAGCCCACGGUCAUAGAUGAGAUACGGACGGGCGCCUAUCGGAAUCUGUUUCAUCCGGACACGCUGAUCACGGGGAAGGACGACGCGGGCAGCAACUUCGCGCGCGGCUACAAUUUGAUGGCCAGCGAGCUGCUGGAUCGAGCCAUGAAUGCCAUACGGCGCGUCGCCGAGCGCUGCCGGAGCCUGCGCGGCUUCCUGGUCUUUCGCGCCAUUGGCGGCGGCACAGGCUCCGGCCUGGGCACGCGCAUAAUGGAGCAGCUGACCCAGGACUAUGGCAGGAAGAUGACCAUCGUCGAGUUCCUAGUGUACCCGUCGCCUUCCAUCUCCCCGGUCAUUGUGGAGCCGUACAACGCGCUGCUGGCCGCCCACUUCUCCAUGGACUGUGCGGACGUGUCCUUCAUCGUGGACAACGAGGCACUGUACGACAUCUGCGCGAGUACCCUGAAUGUGCCCGCGCCCACAUACACCAACCUAAACCGCAUCAUUGGCCAAGUGGUGGCUGCGUUCACGGCGACGCAGCGAUUCUCGGGUCAGUCGGUGAGCUUCCAGGAGCUGCAGACGAACCUGGUGCCGUAUCCGCGCAUUCACUAUCCCCUGAUCAACUACGCCCCGCUGGUGCCCAUCACCCACUCGCAGUUCGUGAACAUGAGCACGGCCCAGCUGACUGGGCAGUGCUUCCACAUGAGCAACCAGAUGGUGCGCUGCAACCCCAUCAAUGGCAAGUACAUGGCCUGCGUGCUGCUCUACCGCGGCGAUGUGGCGCCCAACGAGAUCAACUCGGCGCUGGAAGGCAUCAAGCGCUCGAAGUCCUUCCGGUUCGUGGACUGGUCGCCCACCGGCUUCAAGAUCGGCGUCAGCAACAUGCCCCCCGUCUACGUGCCACACGGGGACCUGGCGCCCACGAGUCGCGCCUGUGUCGCCAUCUCGAACAACACGAACAUCCGGAUUGCCUGGUGCCGCCUGGUCAACAAGUUCGACAAGCUCUACCAGCGACGAGCCUUCGUCUACCACUACGUGGGCGAGGGCCUCGAGGAGGGCAACUUCAACGAGGCCUCCGAGAACAUAUGCCAGCUGGUGCACGACUACCUCGAGGUGGACGCCUCGGCGCCCGUCUCCCAACGUGGCUCCGAGCACGGCUCUGAGGACUGAGCAACCUGUGGCCUGUCUCUCUUUUAAGUGAAGCCCAAAACAUUUGUGGAACGCAGUGGAAGCUGGACAGCUCCAUUGGGUGCUCGCCUUACUUCGACUGACGCUCAUACACUUUUCAAAGCCAACGAAGAAAUUGGAAAAACUGUUUUUUGUACCCUUUCU